GAAUCCCAUAAUCACGUGACCACGUUCGGGGCAGACGCGAGGCAUUCCCCGCCACUUUUGACAAGGAUAUUUUAGAAAAGGGAGACGUAGAAGCUUUCCAGCAUGCCGGCAGCUCGUCAGCGCAAACGUGUCGGAGGCGCGGGAGGAGGGAAGAAGAUACGGAUGACAGACGAACCAGACUUAUCGGAGGUUCCAGACGUCCCAAGUGACAUCAUCAGUGAACCACCUUCAGAGGUUCCUUUACCUGCACCUGAGCCAGAAACAACCGAUCCGUUUGAAGAACCUCCUCCAAAACCACCACCCAAGAGAAAGAGAAAUCAGAAGAAAGAUGAUUCUGGUAAGAAGAAGAAGGGAGAUGGAGCAGGUCCUCGCCGUGGCAAAACGGACGACGAUUUAUUGGAAGGGAGUCUGUUUGAUGUGGUCCGAGCUGGCAAAGCAUCGUUACAGGCUGUUGUGGACGACUGGAUCGAGUCCUACAAGGCAGAUAGAGAUGCAGCUCUUCUUGAUCUCAUCCAGUUCUUCAUCCAGUGCUCUGGAUGUAAGGGGAAGAUAACUCCGUAUAUGUACGCAAACAUGGAACAUGCAGAGAUCAUCAGGAAAAUGACCGAAGAGUUUGAUGAAGACAGCGGCGACUACCCUCUGAUCAUGAGUGGGCCGCAGUGGAAGAAGUUCAAGCAGAACUUUAACGAGUUUGUUCAGGUGUUGGUUCGUCAGUGUCAGUACAGCAUCAUCUACGACCAGUACAUGAUGGACAACGUCAUCUCGCUGCUCACUGGACUCACCGACUCCCAGGUUCGAGCCUUCCGACACACCAGCACACUUGCAGCCAUGAAACUGAUGACGGCACUAGUGGACGUUGCCCUCAAUCUCAGCAUCAACCUGGACAACACUCAGAGACAGUACGAGUCUGAGCGUGCCAAGCAACAGUCCAAGAGGGCCACUGACAGGCUGGAUCUACUCAUGACUAAAAGACAAGAGUUGGAAGAAAACCAGGCCGAAAUCAGGAACAUGUUGACGUACAUCUUCAAGGGCGUGUUUGUUCACAGAUACAGAGACACCCAACCUGAGAUCAGAUCUAUCUGCAUGAUGGAGAUCGGCGUAUGGAUGAAGAAAUAUCCCUUUAUGUUCCUCGACGACAGCUAUCUCAAAUAUGUCGGCUGGCUGCUGUAUGACAAGGUUGGUGAUGUGAGAUCGUGGUGUUUGAAGACCCUGUCUCCACUCUAUGAUUCCUACGAUCUGUCUGGAAAACUGGAACUUUUCACCAACAGGUUCAAGGACCGUAUUGUUGAGAUGACUCUGGACAAGGAGUAUGAUGUUGCUGUGCAGGCUGUCAAGUUGGUGGUCAGCAUUCUCAGGUACAGUGAUAAUGUGUUGUCAGACAAGGACAGCGAGAAUGUGUACGAGUUGGUUUAUUCAUCCCACCGUCAGGUGGCGCAGGCGGCCGGGGAUUUCCUCAACACCAAGCUCUUCAAACGUGACGACGAAGCAACGAAGAAUCUCAAGUCGGCUAAGGGGAAGAAACGGAGUCCCAACACUCCACUCAUCAGAGACUUGGUGCUCUUCUUCAUCGAGAGUGAGCUCCACGAACAUGCGGCGUACCUGGUGGACAGCCUGUGGGAGAUCAAUGAGAUGAUGAAGGAUUGGGAGUGUAUGACUGAUCUGCUGUUGGAGGAACCUGGCAGAGGAGAGGAAGCCCUGGAUGACAGACAGGAGACAAGUCUCAUUGAGAUCAUGGUGUGUUGUGUGAAGCAGGCAGCAACUGGAGAGUCUCCUGUUGGCAGAGGACCCAACAGGAAGCUGACGGCCAAGGAAACCAAGCAGGUGCUUGAGGACAAGACGAAGCUGACGGAACACUUCAUCGUCACUCUGCCGCAGCUGCUGCUGAAGUACCUGAUGGACCCAGAGAAAGUAGCCAAUCUGCUGCUCAUCCCCCUGUACUUUGACCUUGACAUCUACACAUCAAGUCGGCAGGAAAAGCAUUUGGAAUUGUUGUUGCGUUAUCUACAAGAAACUGUUGACAAGCACACAGAUACAGAGGUGCUGGAGGCGUGCGCCAAGUGCUUCGAGUAUUUCUGCAGCGACGAGUAUGCCGUUGCUGGCAAAUGUGAUGUGGCGAGGAAGACUGUUAUUGACGGUCUUACUGUAAAGUUCAGAGAAGCUUUGCAAGACUAUUUCACAGAGGGGGAGCAACCAGAUGAUGAUGAAACCUUCGCUCUGGCGGCCAGCUUAAAGAGGAUGUAUGCAUUCAACAGUUGUCAUGAUCUGAGCAGCUGGGAUGUUUGGGAGGAUGUGUUCCACAUUGUCAAGACAGCCAACGAACAUGGUGGCAUGCCAGAAGAGAUCAUCUGUAGUGCUAUGUCGACAUGUUCCAUGUAUUUACUGUGGGGACAACAAGCUCUGGACGAACACAAUCCAGACAAGGAACAAAUGAAGUUGCUGAGACGACGUUUAAACGAGCUGAUGAAGAACUGUCAUGAUCUCAUGUUUCAUCAGCUGUCCAGGGUGAAUGAGGAGGCAUAUGUGACAAUCUGUGACCUGCUGGUCGUGUUCAGCAAGCACCUGGGAGAAAACGCUGUAAUGAAACCACUUGUGUACGAACCAGAUAAAAACAUGCAUCUUCAUCUGAGCAACUUCCUGUCAGAGAAAGUCUUCGUGGAGGAUGAUGACGAUGAUGUUGAUGAGAAUGUCAAGAUUGAGGAGCUCCACAAGAGAAGAAACUUCCUGGCCUGUUUCUGUAAGCUCAUCGUCUAUAACAUCGUCUCCAUCAAAGUCGGCGCCGACAUGUUUAAACACUACAUGAAGUUCUACAACGAUUAUGGAGACAUCAUCAAGGCUACAUUAAGCAAAGCCAGAGAAAUCAACAAGAUCACAACGGCCAAAACACUGGCCCUCAGUCUAACACAACUUUUCAAAGAGUUACAAGUGGAGCAGGGUCAGAUUGAGAGAUCGUCUGAUGCGUUCCAGUCUAUAAAGGAAUUGGCCAGAAGAUUUGCAUUGUCUUUUGGUCUGGAUCAAGUCAAAAACAGGGAGGCAGUUGCUGCCAUGCAUAGGGAGGGGAUCAUAUUCAGUCUACUGAGCCAAGAGGGACGUGAUCCCGCUGACGCCCCUCACAACAUCGCCUUCCUUGAAGUCCUGUGUGAAUUCACCAACAAGUUGAUGAAACAAGACAAGAAGACAGUGGUUCAGUAUCUGGACAAGCAGUUGCCGCAGGGUAUGCCAGUGAGCGGUAGUGAGGAAUGGCAGCCAUUGCUGACCUACAGAAACAGCUUGGUGCAGGGCGAGGGGGAGAUUAACCCCAUCACACUGAAGGAAGCCACAAAACGCCGCUACGGCAAGCGGAAACAAGAUGGUGGGUCCCAGCCAAAAGCUGAUGAUAGUGGGUUUGAACCCCAGACCCCUGCCCCGAUGACCGUCCCCCCACUGACGUCGACUGUCCAGAAGCGACGGAGAAUAGACGAGACUAUCUCAGAACAGGGCUCUGAGCAAGACUUUGUGGACGAUACUUCCAGCGCAGCAGCGAUGGGGAUGACACAGUCACAGGUGUCGUGGCUCAACAGCCAGAAACAACAGCAGGAGAUGCAGAGGACGGCAGAUGUCACGUAUGGCAGAGGUCAACACCAGCAAGUCUCUGGAUAUCCCCAGCAACACUCGGUGCCGUCGGAGAGUGACCAGGCCAGCAACAUAUCGGAGUUCUCCAGCCCUGUCCCUACUCCACAGACCCCACAGGGAUACUACCACCACCCUCAACAACACCAGCAGCAGCUACAACAGCAACAUCCACAGCAACAGCAGCAACACCCACAACAAGGUCAAUUUUAUGGCGGAGGCCUGCUUGGCGAGAACCAUUAUGUUGAUGAUGCUUCAGCCAGGCACCAUAUUGUCCACCCCCAGUCAUCGGAUGUCAACAGUCACCAGGGGUACUGAACAACUACGCCCCCUCGACACCCAGCACCUGAUCUU